AUGUAUAUGAAUAAAAUUCCUUUUCUUUUAUUUUCCAAUUUUAUAAAAUUUCUGCUCAAAUUUUACAUUUUUGAUAUUUCUUACACUUUUAUUCGAUUCCUUUUUCUUUUAGCUUUUGAAGUUCGAUCACUCCUUCAUCUUUUUUUCUUCUUCUUCUUCUUCUUCUUCUUCUUCUUCUUCUUCUUCUUCUUCUUCUUCUUCUUCCAUAUUUGUUCCAUUUUUCAAUUUCUUUUCUUAUCCUUUAUACAUUUCUUUUAUUCAAUCGAGAUUCUUGAUUUAGAAAUCAAACUUUUAUCAUUUAGAACGUAUUUUUAUCGGAAUAUUUUUUCUUUCUUUACAAGAUUCUUUUUUCAAUUGAAUUAUUCUGACCCUACCCAUUUGUUAACCAGCUUUCUGUCUCUUUUCGAUAUCAAUUUUAAUACCCGUCCUGUUAAUCGCUCUCUCUCUCUCCCUCUCUCUCUCUCUCUCUCUCUCUUCCUGUUAAUUUUCUUUCUCUUUUCCUUUUGCUUCUCUUUUUUAGGUAGUCCGUUUCAAAAUACUCUCUCUCUCUCUCUCUCUCUCUCUCUCUCACACACACACACACACACUUUCUAUCUCUCUUCUUUUUAUUCUAUUUGUCUAUACAUUUAUCAGUUUCUUUCUUUCUAUCAAUCUAUCAGUCCAGUCUGUUCAUAUCUAUCUAUCUAUCAAUCUAUCGAUCUAUCGCAGUAUCUUCAUAUCUUUCUAUCUAUCUCAUUCUUGUUCUACUUUUUUUCCUUCUUCUUUCUUCUUCCUCUUCUUUCUUCUUCCUCUUCUUCUUCUCUCUUCUUAUCUCCGCUUCCGCUUCCUCCGCCAUCUUCGCCCUCGAUAUCUCCUUCACUCUCUAUUCUACCGCAGCUUCUUUUAUUUCCCCCUUUUAACUUCCACUCCUUCCAGAUCCGAUUUUUACAUUUACCUUUUCUAUUUUACUUCGUCCUUCCUUUUCUAUCCAUCAAUUGUCUUUUUUUUUCCCUUUUUUCUUUUCUUCGUUUUUCUCUUUCGUUUUUCCAUCCCCAGCAUGCAUCUUUUAAUACUAAAAUAUCGCACUGGGAACACUUUCAUCUUUGUGUUUUUUUCGGGUUUUUUGUGUGCGUGUGUUAUAAUUCAAAUAACAGUAAUGGCGGCAAUAAUGAAAUAAUUCAACUGAAAGACAAUGCAGUGAUUCGUUCGCUUUGUUCAUUCUGA